AUGGCCCUUGAAACGGCUGUUAGCGUCAUCACACUUUCGGAAUUCGCCCUAAAAAUCAACAAAUUACGCCUGGAUAUCAAGGAUGCGCCUGAGGAAUGGCAGCGGUACAAGGAUGGUCUGGAUGGGAUUGCUUGUGUACCCUGA